AUGGCCAACAUAUCAAAAGCUUUUGCACAACUAAUCCAUUGUUUCUUGAAGCCACAAUACCAAGAGAAGCAAAAGAUAGUGAUCAAGGUGCAAUUGACCUCUGAGAACUGCAGAACCAAGGCCUUGAAGAUUGCUGUAGAAGCCAAAGGUGUGAGCAACGUUUGCAUAGACGUAGACAAAGCGGAAGUGGAGGUGACUGGAGUUGGAGUUGAUGCCGUUUCCUUGGCCGAGUCAUUGGAGAAGCAGCUUGGCUUUGCUUCCAUUGUAAGUGUUGGAGAAGUGAAAAAACCAGAGGAGCCAGAGCUAGUCAUUCUAAUUCAAUGGACAUCAAGCUAUAUUCACUGUCCACACUAUGAUGGAUUCUGCCGAUGUUAA